AUGGACAAAGUAAAGGAGAAGAUGGGCAUGGGCUCCUCCUCCUCCGGCGGAGACAAAACCCAACGCACGCCCGCCGAAAAGCGCGAACGCCGCGACCGUCGCAAGGCCGCCAAAGCCGAGGGCAAGGACGCCAGCAGCAGCAGCUCGAGCUCGAGCGAGGACGAGAACGGGAACAAGUACAGUGAAGAGCAGCGGCAGGAGAGGAAGAGGAGGCAUGCUGAGAGGAGGGCGCAGAGGCAGAAGGUUUAA